AACUGGUUCCGGCAAUUUCGAUAGCUGGGGGCAUCAGAAAGAGUUCCGCUGAACCAGCUCACAUCUACGUGCUCGCAGAAAUAAACUUAUUUUUAAGUGUUUUGGGAACGCCACUGUGCUUUAGCCUCUGAAACUUCGAGUUGAGUGGGACCCAAUCAUAUCAACAAGCCCAGAGAACAUUCUCACAUUCGACAGAAACAAUAUAAAUCAUCGAAAAAAUACUAAAACGUACAGGGAGCCAAGUUUGUUUUUGUUGUUACUGGUGUGAGUGAGUCAUGGCGUUUCGGACGGCGUAGAAAAAGGUCGUCGAGCAUUGUGCAUUGCAUAAAAAAAGCGUGUAGCAGCAACAUCAGCCCCCCGCACAAGAGCGCACACAACAGUUGACCGGAGUCAGCGGCACUGCGGACCCCAGUCCAAACGGUGGAACAAUCAAAGCGUACGGAAGGAUUUGCAACAGCUGCGCCCAUAUCUACACGCACGCACCCACACAGUCGCGGCAACAGUCAGUCAGUGUCACACUCGCGCACUCGCUCGCACACUCUCGCACAGCCACGCACUCACACAAGCAACAGAAGCCGUCUGUCGUCACAGUUGAGUACUUUUUGGUUUUUUUUUAUGUUCAGCCACGGGCGGCAGCACUCAGUGGAGAAGUCAGUCACAGCAGCAGCAGCAACAGUCGUCGGUAGUGGAGAGUGAAGAGUGGAGAGUGUCGCAACCAGUGACCAGGGAACCGAAGAAGCGGGAAGACGAUAGAAAACAGUGUGUGUGGAGCCAGAAACGCGGAGAGAGAGUGAGAGAGAUAGCCAGACCCAGCGCCAGAGCCAGACCCACUUUCGCCAGUCGAACCGAGCCAGUAGCAGUCGGCACCACCAUGGUAGAUCGUCUCGUCAACUCGGAGGCCAACACGCGCCGCAUCGCCUCCGUGGAGAGCUGCUUCGGUGGCUCCGGUGUACCGCUGGCCGUCCCCGGACGCGUACUUGUCGGCGAGGGUGUGCUGACCAAGAUGUGCCGCAAGCGGCCAAAGUCACGUCAGUUCUUCCUUUUCAACGACAUCCUUGUGUACGGAAACAUUGUGAUCGGCAAGAAGAAGUACAACAAGCAGCACGUCAUGCCUCUGGAGGAGGUAUCGCUGGACUCGAUCGUGGACAACCAGCAAUACCGGAACGGCUGGUACAUACGCACCACUACUAAAUCGUUUGUGGUGUACGCGGCCACCAGCACCGAGAAGCAGGAGUGGAUGGCCCACAUCAACAAGUGUGUGGAGGAUCUGUUGCGAAAGAGCGGCAAGAAACCCGUGGAGAAUCACGCCGCCGUUUGGGUGCCGGACACGGACGCCAGCAUCUGCAUGCACUGCAAGAAGACGCAGUUCACCUUCAUCCAGCGUCGGCAUCACUGCCGCAGCUGCGGCGCCGUCGUCUGUGCCGGCUGCUCCUCGAAGAAAUUUCUGCUGCCCCAGCAGAGCACAAAAUCGCUGCGCGUCUGCGAUGCUUGCUAUGAGCGCCUCAAGCAUGUGCCCAGUGGUGCUGGCGAAGAGUCGGCGGGCUCGGCCACUGGCGGCGUCAAACACAAUGCCAGCGGACAUGGCCUGGCGGGUGAUAGCUCCAACGAUGAGGACACUGACGAGGAGACAACGUCGCCUGGCGGCGAAUCGCACGACGAGCCGCGUUUCUACGGCGACAGCAGCGUGCUUUCCGCGGACGACAGCCAAUCCACGAUAGCCACGACGACCUCAUCUUCAACGACGACCGUCAGUCCUAGCCAGAAUCCCGCCGUGGCCUCCUCAAUGACGGGCUCCAAUUGUUGAGCAGCACACAGACGGAGCUACAGACGGACAACAACACGAUCCGAUUAAGGCAAGACGAACAACGGAAGCGAUGCGAGGAGGAGCAGAUCAAGGAGAUACGGAAGAUGACGGUAUUCAAGGCGCGUCCAAAUCCCUUCAAGUAGCGCCCGAGCUAUAAAAACCCACAAAUUGUCCAAAUUUCGAUGUUAAGGAACCCCAUCCCUCCCCCAUUGUGCAUUCUUCGGGCGCGUUUUAAGAAAUUUGUUUUCCACUUUCCCGAACUCUAAUCUGUAAUUAAGAGCAAGACUAGGCGUUACGCGGGGGUGAGGAUUAUACAUAUACAUACAUACAAUACAUAUACUUUUGUACUCGAGAUCUGGUCAACAUAAAGGCAAAAAAAUUCUAUCCAUAAGCAGAAGCAUAAGCCAGAAGGACAUCUAAAGCAAAUUAAAUGAUAUUUCAUUUGCCGAAAGCGGCAGGCGCAACCUCCUACCAGGAGAUAUCCCAGAGAUCAGCGCCAUGGCAACGCUUCUCUAAAACAGACACACGUACACACGUACUAUAUAGUUUUUACCAGAAUAACUCGAUUUGUCUCUAACAUUAUUUUAUACGUACAUUCGUUCGUUUAUAUAUAUAUUUACACUAUUUUUUGUCGAUGGGAGUCGUAGCUUCUCGGAUGGGAAGGAUGACUAUAUGAAUAAUAUAUAUAUGUAUACCAUUAGGCAAUUUGCAAUUGCAAUCAUUAACUGUUUUCUAUUUGUAAUAAGUCGAAUGAAAAAAAACAAACAAUAAAUAACUGUAAAUUGAUCGA